AUGAGGUGCCUGUACAAGCUGCCGCUGCCACGGUUUGAGUUUGCGCUUGCUGGCAGACAGCGGAGGAGGAAGAAGAGGAAAAGUGCAACCGAGCCACGGAAAGACGCCAUGUACCAGCUCCCAUCCACAUUGUUUAACCUCGUUCUGCAGAGACAUGAAGGGGAAACCAGUGAAGGACAGUGUCAUGGCAACGGAGUCGCUUGUUUUGAAGGAGGCCACAUGUACAAGGGCAUGUUUGCCAAUGGACUCAUGGAUGGACCUGGUGUCUUCACAUGGGCAGGAGGAUUGAAAUAUGAGGGGGAAUUUGUGUGCAACAAGCCCAUGGGUCAGGGUACCUACACUUGGCCAGAUGGCGGCUCCUAUAAAGGAGAGGUCUAUGACGGUGUGCGACAUGGGACAGGAACUUAUGAAUGUUCCAAAUCGGAAGUGACAUACACCGGGCAGUGGGAUCAGGGCAAGAGGCACGGAAAGGGUGAAGUGUUUUAUGACCAGAGUAAGACCUCUUGGUACAACGGAGACUGGGUGAACAACAGCAGAGAGGGUUUUGGAGUGAGAUGCUACCCCUCUGGUGACAUUUACUCUGGUGAGUGGAGGAACAACCUGAGGCACGGACAGGGCACGAUGAGGUGGCUGCAGCUGGGGCAGGAGUAUAGCGGGAUGUGGCAGGAUGGGAUCCAGCAAGGACGAGGAACACACAUCUGGAUGCUGAGGCGAACGGAUGGAUCCCAGUAUGCCCAGAAUAAUCGAUACACUGGGGAUUUCGUCCAGGGGCAGAGGCACGGACUGGGAACGUUUUUCUACGCUGGUGGUGCAUUCUAUGAAGGGGAAAUGAGGAACGAUAAAAAACACGGGAAGGGGAAAUUCACUUCUAAGGACAGACAUGUUUUUGAAGGAGAAUUUGUGGACGAUCAGAUGAUUGCAAACGAGUUGAAAGGUAACAGAGCUUGACCUCCUCUGUGUGGUAUUGAUCCUUCUGUGCUGGUAGCAGAAAUGGCCCUCAACAUUGAAAGUCUUCUGGAUAAAAUCCCAGUGGAAAAGCGCAAAACUGAACGCAUGCAGGUGGAGUUUGUGGUGCUGAGGCAGGACGCGGAGCUGCGGUCCAUCUACAGUUUCUACCGCAGACUUGGUCAGAGCAGCUCCCCAGACGAGACCUUCCUGAUGUGCCGCCUGCAGCUCUGGCGCCUGCUCAAAGACUGUAACAUCCAGCAUCAUGGCCUCAGUCUGACAGAGAUAGACAAUUUAAUGAUAGAGGAUUCCGCCACACAGAUCCACUCUCCUUAUACCCCCAUGUCGCUUACCAGGCUCCUCAGCUGUCUAGUGAUCGUGGCCCACCACAUCUACAAUAAAGACAUGGAGUCACAAAGAUACCUUCUGGCUUCCUGCUUCUCCAAGCUGAUGACGGACGACAUCCUUCCCAAUGCCAAGAAUGUUAAAGGCUUGCUGUUUGGACGACCAAACCUUUCAGCUGCGGCUCUGAGCUACACAAGUAGGUGCUGGGAGGUCUAUCAGGCUCACUGCAGGGUCCAAGCACGACCCAGAGUGGACAAGACCAUGACCUGCAGACACCUGCUGUGGAUGUUCAAGGAUCUUGGUCUGUUGGGAAUUCACCUGACCACAGUGAGGUUACUGGAUUUCAUCAUGGCAGAGAGCCAAAAUCCCAGCUACCUGUCAUCCUACCUGAAUCUGGAGAUCACAUUCCUGGAGUUUUUUGAAGUACUUCUGGGCAUCGCUGAUGUCAGGUGUCUGUGGUUUUCUGAAAACACCCCAGAGGGCAGCACUCCGUCCAUUUCAGAUGAAGAGGCCAGUGAUCAUUCUGAGGCGGAAGACACCGAGAAAAUCGUACCUACAAGCAGCCCUGCACACUCGAAAGAACAUUCCAACGAAGCAGAAAAAUCAUCUCCUGCUCAGGACGUCAUUGAGAGUCCACAGGAUGUCGAGACCAAAGUCUGUGAAGAACCUCAGUCUACAGAAGAGGAGAUGGAGACCACCGACCAGACGAUUCAUCAGUUCUUCCAACACUUUUUCUUCCCUGCAUUUGACAAUUACCAGUUGGUGACUAAACUCAUGGAGGAAGCGAGACUCUAUAGCUAA